UUAUAAAGCAACACAUUAUUAUAUUAGAUUCUGUCAAUACAAAGAUUUUUUUAAUGCAAAGUUAGAAUGCUUUUGUUGUGAUUCAACUUCAGGGGUACCCAAGACUUGUUCAUCUUUUGCGGGGAAGCUUUUGGGAUCUCCUGCCAGAGUUCUUGGGUUGUGAACACUCCAGAUAACCUUCAAUUUUGGAUCACUCUAGUUUUUGAUAAUUUGCAUUAUUUUUUAUGCCAUAAUUUUAUAGUAAUCAAAUCCUGGACUAGUACAAAGGUAAGAAUAAGAAUGUUCUCUGGUUUGCUUCCAAAGUUUUAUUUGCUGGUGCUGAACAUUUUGAGUCACACUAAGCAGCACAUGGGAAGAUGGCAGCUAUGUGCUUUGCAAGCAAGCCAUCCUCUUUUUAGUGGGAAGGUACACUGAAGUUUUCCCCAUCACUCAUACCAGAUGAAUCUCUCCUUCAAUUUCUUCUAGCUGUAAUCUGAAGCGCAUUUAUUAGCUCAGGAUUCCCAAGGUACACAAGGAAAGAUGCUAGAAUCCUUUAAACAUGUAAGGAUGUUUAAACAUGUAAGGAUGGGUUGACUGACACAACCAGUUAAGCCAGUAAGGUCUCAUAAAAUGGUUAUACCUGAAGGAGUCUAAUGAUCAGAAAGGGUUACCAGCUGAUUUGUGUAGGAGCUUCACCACAAUGGGCCCAACCCUCAACAGGAUGGUAUCUUCUCUGCAGAGAAGUGGAACAUUUAUCAAUUCUUUAAUUGCUGCUUUGACUAUUGGUGGGCAACAACUGUUCUCCUCUUUCACGUUCAGAUGCCCCUGUCAGGUUGGGAAAAACUUCUAUUAUGGUUCUGCUUUUCUAGUCAUUCCUGCCUUGAUCCUUCUGGUUGCUGGCUAUGCUCUGAGAAGCCAAACGUGGACAAUUACCAGUGAAUACUGCUGCAGGUGUGCCCCUCCACACCGGAGAAUCAGCCCCCUGGAGCGCAAGCUGGCUUGCCUUAGGUUCUUCAGCAUCACAGGGAGGGCACUUGUUGCUCCAUUGACGUGGCUGGCGACAACCCUGCUGACAGGCACCUACUACGAAUGUGCAGCAAGUGAAUUUGCAUCUGUGGACCAUUACCCAGUGUUUGACAAUGUCAGUGCCAGCAAACGGGAAGAGAUAAUAGCUGGGUUUCCAUGUAGCAAAUCAACUCCAACUGAUGUGAUCCUCGUAAGAGACGAAGUAGUUCUUGGGCACAGAUACCAGUCACAAAUGCUGGCCUGGAUUUUGAUCACCUUGGCAACCAUCGCUGCUCUGGUCUCCCGCUGUUUGGCCAGGUGCUGCUCUCCCCUCACGACUCUGCAGCAUUGCUACUGGACCAACUACCACCACAAUGAGAGCGAGAUCUUUGAACAAGCUGCAGAGCAGCACUCACGCCUUCUCGUCAUGCAGCGCAUAAAGAAGUUAUUUGGCUUCCUUCCUGGAAAUGAAGAUGUCAAACACAUUCAUAUUCCUUCAUGUCAGGACUGGAAAGAUAUUUCAGCACCCUGUCUUCUCUGCAUGGGUGAUGACGUGCAAGGUCACUAUAGCUUCCUUGGGGACAGGGUGGAUGAGGAUAAAGAGGAAAGCAAAUCAGAAGGUAUUGAAUUAAAGCCUUGAGUAGCACCUUUCACAGUUCAGGUUGCUUAGCAGAUACUUUAUUUUUAUGAUGAAAUUUCAAUGUAAUCUCUUCAUCUUUUUCUAAUACUUGUUUAUGUAAGUCCAUCCAAAAUGGUAUUUCCAAAAUCAAUUUGUCUGAUAAUUGUGUGAAUCUCUCUUUUUGAUAUUUCAUUGGUGGUCUAAUAAUAUUGGUCUAAUCAAAACAAUGGAAUUUGGAGUCAUAUCAAAAUUUGAAUCUUGGUUCUUUGACUUAGUGGCUGUGCAAAAAUUAAUACUUUGAGUGCCCUGUUGUUAUCUGCACAUAUUAGCUACCUAGUAGAGCUGUUGUGAGGAUUAAAUGUGAUGAUGUAAGCAAAGUGCUCAGCACAAUGCCUUUCAUAAAAUAAGUGCUAAUAAAUGUUACU